AAAUCUUAAAUUUCCUAAAUGAAUUCAAAUAACCAAAAUACACAAGAUUAUUGUAAUUUACAAACUGAUCAAACUGGAAAUAGUCCUUCUCCUCAACAAAUUCCUAAUAAUAAUAAUAACAAUGAAAACAUCCAACAUACUUUAAUUAACAAUGUUGGAGUAUCUAAUAUGAAUUUAAACACCUUGCACGUUAAUACUAUUAAUUCUACGACUCUUGCGCCUCAUAAUAUUAUAUUUGAAUUUUAUUAUCAUUUACCAAAUGAUGCUCGUAUCUAUCGUGUUACUUAUUCUGAAUUAAACCCAUCAGAAAAUGUUCAACUCUUGAAUAAUGGAAUUAAUCGUAUUCCUGAUUACCUAUUGACGCAUCAUUAUAAUGUACAAUCUCAAAUUCAACAACAGAUUCAGCAACAAGUCCAACAUUCUAUCAUUUAUCAACAAAAUAGCAUUCAACAACAAUCUUUCGACACUACUCAACCUAUUCCCCAAGUAUACUCAACUAGUGACACCUAUAAUGCAGCAGUAAACGGAACUGUUUCUUAUGAUAUGCAAGAUAUGGGAGAUACGGGAUUCCAGAAUUCUUCCUAAGGUCUUCAAGUCUAAAAAGU